UUUCUUUCCUUUUAGAUGCCGCCAAGGAGAAGAACCACCCGUGCCCAGACCGCCAGAACCGUUAGAGACAAUGUAGAUGAGCAUGAGCAGACCGCAGUUCCACCACCCGCGGCUCCACCAGUUGAUCAGGAUGCAUUGAGACAGAUGGUUCAGGAUGCCGCUAGACAGGCCGCUCAGGAAGCACUUCAGCAGAUUGCCCAGGAGGCAGCCAGGCAGGCCGCUCAGGAGGCCGCCCGAGUAGCUGCUCAGGAGGUUGCUCGUCAGAUGGCUACCGUUCAGCAGGGACCGCAGAUUCAGGUUCAGCAAGUUCCACUGGUUCAUGUCCAACAAGAUCAACAGAUUCCAGCUCAGCACGAUCAUCAGGAUCCCGUUCAGCAGGUUCCCCUUCCACAGGUUCCUCUGCAGCAGGGUCCAGUUCAGCAGUUUGCUCAUGGUGUUCAGGAUCUACCGCCACCACCACCGCGACCUCAUGUUUACCCGGUUUAUAAUGAGAGGUUCUACAGGCUGACAUGUCAGAUGAGAAACAUGGAGAUGGAGCAUUUUAGCGGGACAGUGGAUGCUGUAGCUGCACACGAUUGGAAGUUAGCCUUGCAGCGGAAGCUGGAGAUUAUUGAGUGUCCACCAGAGUUGUCGCUCAGAUUGACUAUGCAGUACCUUCGUGGAGAUGCUCUUAUAUGGUGGGAGGGAAUACGAUUGAGCCAUUUUGGGCCAGAGAGACUUACUUUCGCUGAUUUCAUUCGAGAGUUCGAUUGGAAAUACUUUCCGAAGGAAGCGAUGGAUAGGAAGAAGUGCGAGUUCGAGCAUGUAAGCCAGGGAGAGAUGUCUAUCAGGGAGUAUGAGGUUGUGUUCAACCAACUUCGCAGAUUUGCAGGAGUGGGCAUUUCAGAAGAAGACUUGAUUAGAAAGUUUUUGAGUGGGAUGCGAGUGGAGAUUCGUAACAGGUGUCGCGUAGUCACUCACCACCGGUUGGGAGAUCUGGUGGAGAAAGCUGCCGAACAGGAAGCAGGCUUGGCGGAGGAGAAGGAACUCGCCAAAGCAGUUCAUGUUAAGUCUGGAAAAGCUCCAGAGUCUCAAAGGAGAGCAGGGGACCCGUCGGGAUUACCGAUAUGUCCUCGUUGCCAUCGCAGUCACAGUGGGCAGUGUAUGAGGUGUCUUACUUGCGGUAGGAUUGGACACAUUGCUAAAUUUUGUCGAGCUAGGCCAUUGGAUACGCCACCAGUCAGACAGAUUGCAACACCAGCAGCACCAGCAGCGGCACAUGUUUGCUAUGGCUGUGGUCAGCCAGGUCACUUCAUCAGAGAUUGCCCGAGGAAGGACAAUGCGGCACUUCCACCACCACCGAAGCGUCUAGCCAUCGCUCCACGUGUGUUUGCGGUUGGAGAUCCUCAGGGAGCUGAGCCGAUAGCAGGUGAGACCGAUGAGCAGGAGUGAUUAUCGGACCGGUGCUAUUGGGCUUUUGGGCUUCUAUCGCUUUUACCGCUUUUAUCUUUAUCGGGCCUUUAGGCCUUUGGACUUUUAUCAUUUAUGUUAUUCCUAUUUCAGACUUUCAGUUUAUAUCGUAUUUUAUAUUUCGGAUGUUAUCGAUGUUGGGCUUUUAGGCCUUUUGGUACCGUAUUGACUUUUAUAUUAUAUGAAGAUUAUUAUUA